GUGAAAGAUGUCAACGUGUUAUAAAUUAAAGUAUGUUUACUAUCAAAGUAUGUGUUUUUCUUGUUUUUAAAUAUUAAUGUCAUCAAUUUUUCAACAUGAUUUGAUCUGAAAUAAAAGUACGAGAUGAAUUUGUGAGGUUACAAAUGAAAAAAAAUUUUCCUAUACAAAAUUCUAGGAUGUGUUUGAAAAAUUAUCACUUAAAACUGCGAUAAGCAAAUAGAUGAUGUAGAAAACCGUAAUAAAAAAGUUGAUGUAUAUUUUUUGACUUACAAUGAAAGCUCGAUCUGACGCAUGAACAAUCAAUUACAAACAGUGGUAACUGGCAACAAUGAGAACACACCUAUAGAGUGAAAUCGCGCGAGUGUGGCAAAAGCUUUGAACAGCUGAUCAUGAAAUAGAAGGUCAUCCUAAACGUUAGUGGGAGAACUUGAGUGACGAAAAAUCAGAAUUUUUUUAGAGCUAGAAUUAAAGAAACUUCCAUCUGCUUGGACCUCCUGAUAUCGUGAUAGAUCGGUUGGGUGCUCGAUGAUCGAGUAGUGGAUCACCCCCCAUAAAAAGGUCAACCUCAUCGUAACAGAUGUUUUUCAUGAGAAAUGUCACAAAUUGAAAUCAAAGAACUGUUCGAUGAGAGCAGGUUCCCUGGUGGAUGGAAACUCUUUUCUAUACUGAUUUACAUACCUGUUGGACUAGCACUUAUUCUACUUAGAUUUCUGGUUUGCCUGCAACUGUGGCUUUUUGCUACUGUCUUACCAGAUUGUCAAAUCCUUAGAUCUUUCCUCAAUCGUGGUCUUGCUUUUGUAUUUGGAAUUAUUGUGAAAGUUGAUCCCAAUGGAGAGAAAAGAAAUGAACAAGCACGCAUCAUUAUUGCUAACAACAUUUCUGCACUGGAUGACUUUGUUCUUGCAACAGCUGCAGAUACGGUGACACCAAGUCUUUCAAAUUUCCCAGAAGCAUUGAGCAAUGCUUUUGGUUUACAGAAGAUGGACAUGAACAGUAAAGAUGCUUUAGUUGCAGAAAUAAAGCAAUUUUUACCAAGUUCUAAAACUGGCAUUGCUCUGCAACCAGAGUUCAGUGCAACAAAUAGUCGUAAAGCAUUGUUGAAAUUUAAUACUUGGCCUUUUACCAUAGAACCUUCAGUUCAACCUGUUGUCCUCAAAGCAUCACGACCUGAAUUCGUUGAUAUAAGACUUACCUCUAUUGCUACAACUUGGUGGACGGAUGUCAUGUGGUUCAUGUUUGUUCCUUAUACCGUUUUUACUGUGAAGUUUCUUAAAGUUAGAAGGAAUACUGAUGCUGACAUUCUUGUAAGAGAAGUUGAAAAAGAAAUUGCUCAAUCUUUGAAUAUUCAGACAAGUGUGCAUACAGUUUCGGAUAAGACUGAAUACGAAAAACGAUAUAUAAGAGAAAGAGUUCAUAGCAGAACCUCCCAAAGUCCUGGUAUAGGUGGAUCACAAAUUGUAGCAAGCAUUGAAAUGCAAAGAAUGGUUCGACAAGUGAGUGAAGUUCUUCCAAGGGUACCGCACAAUGUUAUACUUAGAGAUCUUAUGAAAACUAGAAAUGCUGAUGUAACAAUUACCAACAUUCUCGACGGCAUAGUGACUUACACUCCAGAACCAGCACCCACCACGUCGUCAACACCAAGCAGUUCUAGAAGCAAACACUCUGUUUCUGCAUCAAAACCAAGCAGCCCCAGCAAUACAGCAUUAACUUUUCAAGAAAGAAAAACAAAAAUGAUUGCUGAAGCAAGGGAAAGGUAUAUUGAAAAACAUGGAUUGAAAGACUGUUGACGCUUUAAUUCGAGCGUCAAAUCUCAGAAAAAGUGUAAAAAAGCGUUUUUUGUUGUAAUGUAUUUACUAUUACAUCUCACGAAUACAAUAUGCUUAUUUGUAAUUUAGUUAUUUCUUGCACAAAACCUUGUUACAUAAAAUUGGAUAUAUUGCUCCCCUUUGGAAGACUGUAUAUAUAUGGAAAACUAUAUUGAUUGAUCAUUCUGGUAUUUAUAUUCAAAUAUUAAUCAAAUAUCAUUUGCACUUAAGCGAAUUUCUUUUAAAACAACAAUUUUUUUAAAGGAAUGUGAAAUGCUUAUUUUUUUCAGAGUAAAAAAAUGACUUAAGUUUACGAUGAAACUACAGUAAUAUUUUCACAUUCUUUUAAAUGUACAUUAAGAGAAUGAGAAUAAUAGUAUUAAUCGUGAAAAGCAAACAAUAUAUCAAAUAAUAUUUUUACUGUUUAGGGAUGUAACAAUAAUGAUUAAUGCAAUUAUUUUCAUACAUGCAAUUUUUCACAAAUCAACAUAAAAAUUAUGAUUACUAUACAGUUAUUGUCUUGCAGAGUUUUAAUUAUCUUAACAAUUAUUUCAGUACAGAUAAUAAUUUAAUUAGUUUAUGCAAUAUAGUUGAAAAUAUUCAUUAUCUUUAACAAUAGUUUUGUAAAGUGACUCAAAAUUCUUACAGUUAUAAUCUUCCAUUUUUAUGAUAUGUUUGUAAUUUCUCAUUAUAACCAUAUAUCAUGAAUUCGUUUUCUCGUUUAAAUGUGUAUAAAAUUAAAUCUAAUUAAAUCUGAGGUAUACUGUUGAUCCU